AGUCGAUUGCGUGGUUUACUGUGUUCCAUGACAUAGUUGGUAGUAAGCAAAGGAAAUUUCAACAAAAGCCACCAUUUAGUGGAUGUAAGAGGAAAAUAGAACUUGCGAUCAGUCGGUUAAUUUCGGAUUGUUAUGCAAGAGAAUGAUAAAAGCAAACCGAUCGAGACAAGUGAUCAAGCUGGAGAACGCGUUUCGUGCAAAUUCGAAUAUGUUGUCGAGGGCGCUGAUGGAAUCCCAAUCGUUAAGCCGACUGCGGAAGAAUUUUCGGAUAUGGGGGCAUUUUUUCAAGAGGUUCGCGAUCUAGGAGAGCGUUAUGGAGCGAUUAAAGUGUUAAAACCAGAAUCCGUUUCAAAACCUUGGGAAGAAUCUUCCGAUGGGAUUUCUACAGAUAAAAAAAUAGACGUUUGGGUUGAAAGAAGCGUUCGUCGAAAAGGAGAGUACUUUGAAAUUGAACUUGUAUCAGAUACAAGCACACAGUCUAAUUCCAAAUCUCCGUCUACUAUUUUAGAGCCACCAAAGAUUGAAAACAACAUAUCUAAGGCUAUUGCUUAUUAUUGGCGAUCUUUAACACACGAUAAUCUAUGGUACGGUUAUUCUCAUCAUAAUGACCCUAUGAUUUUUGGCAUUCCUUCUCGCCGUUCUUUAGAAAGUAGAGUUCAUUUACGGUCGAGUGUUCCUGAAAAUACAUGGCCGACCUCUGGUAGAACUUUUGCUGGGAAAUGGAAAACAACGUUACCUUGGCGGAUUGAAUCAAAAAAAUUAUAUGCCGUUCAUGUUCAUUUAGGUGGUGCGCCUCUUCAGUGGUAUUUGAUUCCAUCUUCUCAAGCCGCAGCGUUUCAGAAACUUGCAGAAAAACUUGCACCUGAUGAGCAUUGGCGAUGUGCGGAUUUUUUAUUGCAUCAAAACAUUCUUUUUCCUCCCUCUACCCUUGCCCAAAGCGGGAUUAAUAUCUCUUCAAUUGUGCUUCGUCCAAAUGAAAUGCUAAUUACUUAUCCUGGCUCUUACCAUAGUGCUUUCUGUCUUGGUGAUACUGCUUUACGGCGAUUUGUGUUCUAUGCUCAUGAUUCUCUUACUUCUUAUGAAGAUAUAUGGUCACUUGGAAUUGUGGAGUCGGCUUUUUCUUCUAAAAGUAACUGGCCACACGUACAUAAACCCAAGAAAGCGUCUUGUCAAGACGUUUCUCACGCUGACCCUCAAGAAACGACUGAAAAAGGCUCGUUACCCUUAUAUAACCCUUUUAAACAAGAUGAUUUACAGUCUAAUAAAACCCCAAAAUGGAAUGGAGUGCGUGAAACUAUUCAUAACGAUAGAAAACUUGAUUCCACAGCAAUUAAUUCCAUCUCGUCCUCGUCUUCGUCCCCGUCCCCCGUUACUGACAAUGACACCAAUUCUACAUCCUUGCCUUUAUUUACCUUAUGGAAUUCUAAGUUCCGUUCCGAGUUUAUUAAAAAAUCUCAGGAGAUGACCAAUUCUAAUGUUGAGUUUUCCCAAUUUGAGUCAGUGUACCUUCAUGCUUCUAAUCAUCCGUUAUUCCCACCCCCGAUCCUAGGGCUUCCAGUACCUGCUCAAUUUGCUCGAGGUGAUGUUUUUUGGGGUCGUAUUCUUGAAGACCGUGCAAGUGAGCGCAUGCUUUUACUCGAGUGUGGUAGCUCUGACACGAUAGAGGUUCCUUAUGAAUGUAUUUUAACUUCAUCCUCUGCCGCUGGCCGGCGGAGUCCGUCUUACUAUAAUCCACCUUUAAAAAUUCCCAAUAUUAUUUAUGAUGAUGGUUUUCCAGUGAAUUGGAAUGAUUUUGAUGAACUCCCUUCUUUAGACCGUUUUGUCCUACCCGAGCUACUCCCUGGAAAUCCAAUACGCUUCAUUCCUUCAACGAAACCUGCCCUAGACCAAUCAACAAAUUCAGAGUCAUCAAAGGUGAACGGUACGAAACUUUCCAACGAGAGUGUUCCUUCCGACAUGGCGACACGUUCACCUUCCAAACCAGAUGGCAUUGUAGACGGAAAUGUUCCUACGUCUGAACCAGCAAUGCAUGAAGGUACUCCUGUUUCUGACGAGAUAGAGCAAAACACUGAAGAUGUGUCAUUAGAAAAUCGCUCAGAACUUCUGGAGGUCACUGAUGAUUUGGAAGAUCGAUUAGAUAGGCUCGAAGACCUUCGAAGGUCUCAUUCGCAGUCUGGAUUAGAACAGGAUACGCAAGACGCUGUUUCCAAUUUAACAAGAAGAGCACCAGAAGACUUUUCUGUUUCCCUUGAAACGUAUGAAUUAUGUGUGAACGAAGAAUUGGAGGCUGUCAAUGACUUUUCUCUUUUCCCUUCAUUGGAAUAAUCCAAUUUAAGGUGCUGACAUCUAUUAUAGAUCUUUUGUACUUUAUACUGUAUAUUAAAAAUUAAGUCGCUCGUUUG